AGUACCAACUGGACAUUACUGGAGGAGCACCCUAUACUACUGCGGUGUCUUGUAUGAAUCUAGCGCGAUGAAUCUAGAGACAGCGGCUCUGGCGUGGUUAGUGCUGCUGACACUACAGAGGGACGCAGCAUACAAAAAUAUCUGCCACCUGCCACAAGAGCCGGGUUAUUGCCGGGGAUUCCUACUCCAACUCCGCGAACGCUGGUACUUCCACGCAGAAGACGGAAGGUGUAGGCGCUUCUAUCAUGGAGACUGUGGUGGCAACGAAAACAAUUUUGGCUCUCAAAUCGAAUGUGAGCAACGAUGUGGUCAUCCAGAUUCCACAAAGCAGCCUGAAGAAGAAUUCAGGACAGACAAAAAUAUCUGCCACCUGCCACAAGAGCCGGGUUAUUGCCGGGGAUUCCGAUUCCCACCCCGCGAACGCUGGUACUUCCACGCAGAAGACGGAAGGUGUAAGCGCUUCUAUUAUGGAGGCUGCCGUGGCAACGAAAACAAUUUUGGCUCUCAUAUCGAAUGUGAGCAACGAUGUGGUCAUCCAGAUUCCACAGAGCAGGAUGAAGAAGAAUUCAGGAUAGAGUUCUGCUUCAUGCCCAGUGAAGCAGGACCGUGCCUGAACACAGUAACCCGAUGGUUCUACGAUAACUCUGGCGGAGUGUGUCGAGCGUUCCAUUAUGGUGGAUGCCUCGGAAACGGAAACCGCUUCCGUACAAGGCAGGAGUGUGAAACUAAGUGCGGACGUGCGCAGGAGACAGUGGCUCUGGCGUGGUUAGUGCUGCUGACACUACAGAGGGACGCAGCAUACAAAAAUAUCUGCCACCUGCCACAAGAGCCGGGUUAUUGCCGGGAAUCCCGAUUCCCACCCCGCGAACGCUGGUACUUCCACGCAGAAGACGGAAGGUGUAAGCGCUUCUAUUAUGGAGGCUGCCGUGGCAACGAAAACAAUUUUGGCUCUCAUAUCGAAUGUGAGCAACGAUGUGGUCAUCCAGAUUCCACAGAGCAGGAUGAAGAAGAAUUCAGGAUAGAGUUCUGCUUCAUGCCCAGUGAAGCAGGACCGUGCCUGAACACAGUAACCCGAUGGUUCUACGAUAAGUCUGGCGGAGUGUGUCGAGCAUUCCAUUAUGGUGGAUGCCUCGGAAACGGAAACCGUUUCCGUACAAGGCGGGAGUGUGAAACUAAGUGCGGACGUGCGCAGGAGUACUGCACUCGAGUGGAUUUCGGCUCCCAUAUCAUCGUGGAAGAGUUUGUGAACAGCAACGUCACAGAAUUCCCCGUCGACAGCCGAGUCUACCUGAAGUGCGAAGAGGGUUACAUGCUCAAGGGUGCAUCCAGCCUGGUCUGCGUGGAAGGUGGAUGGUCUGGAAAGUCAACGUGCCAAAGGAUCCACUGUGGCCGUCCAUCGGUACCAGAGUUCGGUUGGAUGAAGAUCGAUACCUCGUUCAUAGGAGACGUAGCUUCAUUCGGCUGCCAGCACGGGUAUAAGCUGAUAGGUCAAAUGAAGCGCUUUUGCCGCCCCAACGGGGUAUGGAGUGGAUUUUUGGCACGUUGCGUCCUGGAAGAGGGGCUUUUGGCUCAACGCGGUUGCGAGAGCCCGGGUAUACCAGACAAUGGCAGGACGAUUAGAAGGUCUUACAGACCCGGAGCAAGGGUCACCUUUGCCUGCAAUCCAGGUUAUAGCCUUCGAGGGGAGGAUACGAUAUUUUGUGACCACAGGGGGUGCUGGUCACAUCCACUUCCAACUUGCAUAGGGAAGUUCUACUACGACAUGCCAUCGGUCGUGGCGGAAAGGUUGAUGAAGCCACUGAGAAUCAUACAAAACAUGUCAGGUAUAUUGAAUGCGCCCGUAGAAGAGAGCAGAGCAUGGGUGCUCAACCUGAAUGAACCAGGCGUUCGCCACGUGGCCUAUUUCGUUAUCGACGCGUCUUCCAGCAUGGGCGAAAGGGACUUUUGGAAAGUCGUCGCCUUGACGGGAGCCAUAAUUAUGAAGAUCAAUGUCACACAGCGAGGCCAUCGCGUUGGCGUGGUAACAUUCAGCAACAGCGCCACGAGUGUUGUAACGCCCCACGGAGACGUCUCAAUGGAUAUGGUGCUUGAAAAACUUCGUAACAUGUCUUACACGAAAGGAGGAACUGAUUUGAAGGCAGCGUUGGCACAAAUGGAAAAAGAUCUCAAUACUGCUAUACGCAGUGUUCCUCAAAGUCAUGAAAAGCUGCACAUAAGCAUCUUCCUGAUAACCGACGGAAUGGCUAACUUGGGCGGGAGUCCAAAGCAAGUUUUGACUAAGCUGAAACGAAAUCCAUACCAUGCUGAAGUCUACGUCAUAGGUGUAUCCAGUACUCCCAAUCGAGAAGCUCUGGAGGGUUUAGUAUCUAGUCCAGUAGAUGACCAUUUGUUCAUUCUUCGGGACUACGACAGCAUGCAGCGGCUGGCAGAGAAGCUCACCAACGGUGCUAUUGACUAUUCCGUAUGUGGGAGCACCCAGAGGCACAAUAUUGACACCGGUAAGGAAGAUGAACAUCAGGCCAGAAUCGCAGGCGGUGAAGAUGUCGAGACGGCAUGGCCUUGGAUGGUGAAAGUCAGUAUAUCAGGUGCUCUGUGCGGCGCCUCUAUCAUUUCAAGAACUUGGAUCUUGACCGCUGCGCACUGCGUUUCCAAAGGAGAACGGCACGAGGUCGUGAGACCAGAGGAAAUCCAAAUACAACUAGGAUUGACGGACAGGCGAAGUACAUCGUCGGUAAAAAAUAUUCCGGUAAAAAGUAUAAUACGACACGAAGAUUACAACGGAACUACACUCGACAACGACAUCGCCCUUCUUGAACUACAGAGUAACAUGACUUACAAUGCGUAUAUUCGACCCAUUUGCCUCCCUCCUGAGAAACUUCGGUGCAACAGCCAUUUCUACCCCACGAAGAAACAUGCGUUUGUUAUUGGUUGGGGAAAAACCGGCACCUACUGGUACACUGUGCAAAAAUUACAGCAAGUCAAGGUCACCAUCCACGAUGACGCGACUUGUACCUCUGCACAUGGGAAGUACUCAUAUACGGACAACAUGAUGUGCGCUGGUGGCUACGGGGAAGGUGACACCUGCAAGGGUGACAGUGGUGGACCAUUGAUGCAAGGUGUUACCAAAGACCAAUAUAUCUGGACCCAAGUGGGCAUCGUGAGCUGGGGCCAGGGUGAAGGAUGUAAAAAAAGCGGCAAACCCGGCGUCUAUACUAGACUGUCGAGAUACAGACCAUGGAUAGAUCAAUACGUGCCAGACGCGCAAGAAAGUCCAUAACUGUUACCUACAAGAUCUAGCCAACUCCAUAUUGGCCGUGUACUGUCCCUAUUGAAGAAUCCCGUAUGAGAUUGAUAUGGGUCCUAUAUCAGGUUGUAUGGAUCCCGUAUGCAUAUAUGACCCCAUGCGCAUACAUAUGGCCCCCGUACGAAGUCUUAUGGAGCCAAUAUGGCGUUCAUAUGGGUACCAUACAAAGUCAAACGAGGUCAACAUGACACUUAUACGGGCCUCGUAUGAAGUUAUAUAGGACCCCAUACCACAUAUCUUUUUCAUCCAUCAUUCAUAUGGCAGCAACAUGGGUGCCAUACGACUUCGUAUGGGACAACAUACACAUAUGGAGGAAUAUGACACACAUAUAUGUCUUGUAUGGGCGACAGUGGAAUUGCAUAUAACACACAUAAAAUCUAUAUAUCUCCCUUGGUGCCAUACACAACACACCAAUCUCACAAAGUGUCUCUGAGACCUGAUGCGUCAGGUUGCGAAUGCGUCUUUUUUGCAAAUGAAUAUUAACAAUUUUUGCUGAAGCGUA